AGAAGCGCCGGGAAACAUGGCGGCAGCUGCGGUUUGAAUUCCAGCGGCGCCGCCAGAGUCCUAACAAGAGCUAGGUUGGAGGGGGCGGGGACCUGGGGAGCCGGGCUGGUAGCAACUGCGGGGGGAAUCAGUGGCGCCGCCGCCAGACACCAACGCCACCACCUCCUUUGUGUCCGUGAUGGACUCGGUUUUGGAAGAGGACGUCACCCUCCCUGGGACGCUCGGCGGCUGCAGUGCCCUGGUUCCCAGUUUACCAGAUGACCUGGAUGGCACCAGCCCGGCUGUUGGUUUGGGAAAUGGCGUGCUCCCGCCUGUGUCAGAAGAAAAGGUGUCUCCCACCAGAGCACGGAACAUGAAGGACUUUGAAAAUCAAAUCACUGAACUGAAGAAAGAAAACUUUAACCUAAAGCUCCGCAUCUAUUUCCUCGAGGAAAGAAUGCAACAGGAAUUUGAUGGCCCCACUGAACACCUGUACAAAACUAACAUCGAGCUCAAGGUGGAAGUAGAGAGUCUGAAGCGGGAGCUCCAAGAGAGAGAGCAGCUGCUCAUCAAAGCCUCCAAAGCGGUUGAGACCCUUGCUGAAGGGGGCGGCUCUGAAAUUCAGCGGGUGAAGGAAGAUGCUCAGAAGAAGGUGCGGCAGGUCGAAGAGCUCCUAACCAAGAGAAUACUGCUUUUGGAAGAGAAUGUGAAAGCCGCCCAAGCAGAACUGGAAAAGGCCUUUGCUGGGAUAGAAACAGAGAAGGCUCUUCGGUUGAGCGUGGAAAACAAGCUUUCAGAGAUGAAGAAGAUCCACGAGACGGACCUGGAGAUGGCUCUGGCCCUGGAACAGAAGGACAGACUGAUUGAGGAGUUGAAGCUGUCUUUGAAGAGCAAAGAAGCUUUAAUUCAGUGCCUUAAAGAGGAGAAAUCUCAGAUGGCAUCUCCUGAUGAAAACGUGUCAUCUGGAGAGCUGCGAGGACUCUCCACGGCUCUGCGGGGAGACGAGGAGAGAGAGACCAAGGCUGCACAAACAGAGCACCAGGAGGAGAGAAAUCUCUUUGAAGAGCGGAUCCAGGCACUUCAGGAGGACCUGAGAGAGAAGGAAAGAGAAAUUGCUACAGAAAAGAAAAAUAGUUUAAAGCGGGAUAAAGCCAUUCAGGGUCUAACCAUGGCAUUAAAGUCAAAGGAAAAAGAGAUUGAAGAACUUAACUCUGAAAUCAAAGAGCUCGGUGCUGCUUUUGCUAAAGCCAGAGAGGCCUCCCAGAAAGCCCAGACCCAGAAAUUCCAGGGAUCUGAAGAUGAUGAGGCUGCUCUGUUAGAAAAGGCAGCCCUUCUGGCUGAGAUGCACUCAGAAAACCUCACCAAGAGUGCAGAGAACCACAGGCUUCGGAGGAGCAUUAAGAAGGUCACCCAGGAGCUGAGCGACCUGCAGCAGGAAAGGGAGAGACUGGAGAGGGACCUGGAGGCAGCCCACCGAGAGAGGAGCAAGGGUGACCGCACCAUCCACGACCUUAGAAAUGAAGUCGAGAGAUUACGCAAUGAGGUGAAUGAGAGAGAGAAAGCAGUGGAGAAUCGUUACAAGAGCCUUUUGAGUGAAAAUAAUAAAAAAUUGCACAGUCAAGAGCAAGUGAUCAGAAGUCUAACAGAACGUGCCAACCAGAAGGACUUGUCGCUUCAGAAAUUCAGCGACAAAGAUUUGGAAGCUUUGCCGCAGAACCGCUGUUUAAUGACUGCAGAGGAUCUUGAGUUCAGGAGUGAAGACUUAAUAACAGAAAAGUGCUCUUCUCCGUCACCAGGCAGCAAAAUCAUCUCCUCCGAGGAAAAGCAACAAUUAGGCUACGAAGAGCUGAUUCAGGUCUUAAAGAAAGAGCAGGACAUCUAUUCACAUCUGGUGAAAUCUCUGCAGGACUCAGACAGCCUCAGCAACCUGCAGGCUGAGUUGAACAGCAUCUUCGCCCUGCGGAAGCGGCUGGAGCAGGAUGUGCUCUCGUAUCAGAAUCUGCAGAAGGCCCUGGAGGAGCAGAUCAGCGAAAUCCGGAGGCGGGAAGAAGAACCGUUUUCAUUUUAUAGUGAUCAAACAUCUUAUCUGAGUAUUUGCCUUGAAGAGCACAGUCGGUUUCAAGUAGAACAUUUUUCUCAAGAAGAGCUUAAGAAAAAGGUCAGUGAUCUCAUCCAGCUAGUGAAGGAGCUGUAUACGGACAACCAGCACCUGAAGAAAACCAUUUUUGAUCUCUCCUGCCUGGGUGUCCCGGGAGAUGACAGGCCUGAGUCAGGCGAUCAAACAGAGCUUCUGGCUAGCAAGGAUGACGAGAACUCCACCAGAACUGGAGAGGUUGACGAAAAUAACUUGCCGAGUGAUGAGCAUCUGGAGCAGAGUAACAAGAUUAUGGAAGACUAUUCGCAAGGGAGCUGCAAAAAUGGAUUUUUAAAGCACACAAAUUCCAAUAUUUUAGACUACGAUGGAGCCCACAGACCUGGCUGCCCUGGAGACCAGAAUCUAGAAGAAGGCGAGCUCGUGAGCCUGCUUGCCCCGCUUUUCACCGAGAAGGCCACGUGGUUACUGGAAUCCAGGCCAGACCUUCUUAAAGUGCUCCAUGAGCUGCUCCUGGAGCAGACAUGCUUGACAGAGCAGGAAGCUUCAGGAGAACACCUUGAUGGUAAAACAGAGAAGACACUUAAGCCGAUGGCUGUUCCACUAAGAGGUGAACUCGAGCAUUUUAUCCAAGGCGACUCCUCUUCGAAGCCAGGCGAUGCACUGAGGUGGCCUUGGGGGGCCCAGCAAGCAGAGGCUGCUGAGGCAUCCAGGGUGGAGCAGAAAGAUGCCUCUGUGCAGACAGAGGCCAUGGAGGCCGUGGAGGGCAACACGCUCAGAUUCAGACACAAGAGCAAGAGAGACACCUGGGAGGAGAAGCCAACAGAUUCCGUCUUCAGCACCGAGCAUCAGCCCGAGAACUUGGGCGGGAUACCGGGGCGGCAGGCUGCUGCCCUUUGCUUCCCCAGGGGGACCGGAAAAGAUGCUAAGAAGUCCCGCCUGCCCAUCCUAGUAAAGCCAUCACGUUCUCUAGGAAGCAUGUACCGGCUCCCUGCCCCCCAGGACGUGGUGGCCCAGCUACAGGGCCGGAUCCUGGAGCUGCAGGGGGAGCUGAAGGAAUUUAAAAUUCACAACAAGCAGCUUCACCAGAAGUUAAUUCUGGCUGAAGCAAUGAUGGAGAAGAGGCCAGUGCCAGACAGAGCACCCCCGAAAGAUGCUGUAGCCCAGCCCCUCGUGGGAGCAGCCUACCAGGAUAGCCUCAGAGAGCAGGAAGGACCCAAAGCCAUACCCUGCAUCUGGAGAGACAAGGAAGGGGCCACCGAUCAGCAAGCCCGCCAUGAGACCGACUCAGAAACUGACCAGCCUGAUGACCCUGCCGUCUUGCUGUCACGUGAAGAGAAUCCUUCUGAAGAUUUUCUAGGCCCCACUUCCGUAGCCACAUACUUGAGUUCUAAGAGUCGGUUUUCCACUACAGAUAUCGUGGUUGGGACCAAUCAGUUGGAGAACAUUGAUACCUCAGAUGAUAAAGAAAACUUGAAACAGAAAAUCUGUGACUUGGAAACUGAGCUCGAGGGCUACCGGAAUUUCAUGUUGCAGCUUCAAAAGCACUCCCAGUUCAGUGAGGCCAUUAUCACAGUUUUGUGUGGCACAGAGGGGGCCCAGGAUGGCUUGAACAAGUCCAGGGGCAGUAAUGAUGAGGAGGAAAGGACCUUUUCAAGUUUGCGCCAAGUACGUUAUGUGAAACACACGAAAAUCCUCCAUCCGCUAGCCGCAGAGACGAUUGACGGCAGGGCGCUGGAGAGCCUCAGGCAGCAGCUGGUGGACCAGGAAUAUGAGCUGCAGAAGGAGCAAAAUUUGAACAUGGAACUUUUCAGUGAAAUCCACAACCUGCAGAAUAAGUUCAGAGACCUCUCACCCUCAAGAUACGAUUCCUUAGUUCAGGCCCAAGCCAGGGAGCUCUCCGUCCAGCGACAGCAGAUUAAGGACAGCCAUGGCAUCUGUGUCGCUUACCGUCAGCACAUGACCGCCAUGAUUAAGGCGUUUGAGGAGCUGCUGCAGGCCAGUGACGUGGAUUGCUACGUGGCCGAGGGUUUCCAGGAGCAGCUGAAUCAAUGUGCAGAGCUGGUCGAGCAACUGGAAAAGCUGUUUCUCAAGGGAAAAUCUGGUGAAGUGGAAAUGAACACCCAGAAGGAGCUGAGAGAGAGGACUGAGGAAGACAACUUAAGCUCCCAGCACACUCUCCCUGAGUCUCCGGCGCCCUCAGCCUCUCAUGCGCCAUCUGACUGGGAAAUAUCCGAGAAGUCCUCCUUUUCCUGGGACCAGAAGCCAGACAGUGAGAUCGAGAAGAUUUCGGUCCUGGCCAGCAACUUUUCUCAAGACUUACUAAUGGAACAUAUCCAAGAAAUUCGAAGUUUGAGGAAACGCUUAGAAGAAUCUAUUAAAACAAAUGAGAAGUUACGGAGGCAGCUGGAGCGACAAGGGCCUGAAUUGGAUCCAGGUUCUUCAAACAUGUUUGCUUUUGGUUCAGAGCUACACAACUCUCUGACAUCAGAAAUACGUUUCCUGAGGAAGCAGAACCAGGCCCUCAAUACAAUGCUUGCUAAAGGAUCCAGAGAUAAACAGAAGGAGAACGAGAAGCUGCGUGAGUCCCUCUCCAGGAAGACAGCGAGCCUGGAGCACCUUCAGCGAGAGUUCGCCUGUGUGAGGGGCGAGAACGAGAGGCUGCAGAGGGAGCUGGACGAGAAGGAGGCUCAGAACCGGCGGCAGCUCCAGGAGAUCAGCCACGGCCGCAGCGAGCUGAGCAGGAUGCAGGAGGAGGCGAAGCUGAGGCAGCAGCAGCUGUCACAGAACGACAAGCUACUGCAGUCCCUCCGGGUGGAGCUGAAGGUGUACGAGAAGCUGGAUGAAGAACACAGGAGACCACAAGAGGCCAGGGCAGAGACGUCCGGAGAAGGCUGGAGGGGGCAGGACCCUCUAGGUGACCUGCACGGCCUCCUGAUGGAGAUCCAGGCUCUGCGGGCACAGCUGGAAAGGAGCAUCGAAACCAACAGCACGCUGCAGAGCAAGCUGGAGGAGCAGCUGGCAAGGGGUGGGCAGAAGGCCCAGGAAGCAGUGCUCACGCUGGGCCUCCAGACCCUGUCUGCCCCCGAGCGGCCCCUGCAGCAGAACAAGCCCGAUGGUGACAAGUGUCCCGUGGCAAUUGACAUUUCAUGUGAUCUGUUUGACUCUACACCAGCAGUGUCACCAAGAUCAGCUUCAGAGACCCCUCUGCUCUCUGGAAAUGACAUGGACACCCUCUCCUGCGACAGUGGCGGCUCGAUGAUCACCUCGUCCACAUCCCGCCUGAUCCCUGGCCACCGCCUGUGGGCCAGCGAGAGUGGCUGCCACGUCCUGGGCCUGAUCGAGGACUACUACGCCUUGUGUGAGCAGAUUGACCAAGGCCAGAAGCUUCUCGCCGAAAUGGACAUCCAGAUCCAAGAGACUCCCAGCCCUGCAGAUCAAGAGCUGGUGAUAAAGGGUCUACACUCAGCACCCCCGAGCAGCUUCAUCCCCCACUUGAGCGCAGCCAGAAUGAUCCUGGAUGAAGCCGCGAGGUUACUGACACUUCUCUGGAGGGUCUCGCUCCCCACCGACGGCCAGUGCACACUCCACUGUGAACAGACUGGAGAAAUGAAGGCAGAGAUCAGCAAACUACACAAAAAACUGUUUGAACAAGAAAAGAAACUGCAAAACACCAUGAAGCUUUUGCAGCUGAGCAAGAACCAGGAAAAAGCCAUCUUCGAUCAGUUGGUUGUAACCCACAAAAUCCUUCGGAAAGCCAGAGGAAACCUGGAGCUUAGGCCCGGCAGUGUCCAUCCUGGGACAUCCAGUCCUAGCAGACCAGGCUCCUGAGGACAACUUCAGCCAAUAAAGCUUGUGGUUCCCCA